CAGACAAACAAAAACCACAGUUUUAAAGCAGAAUGAAAGAAAUUCAAAAUUGGUAUUGGACCAUUUCAAAACUAUUGCUAAAGUGUAAGCUUCAUUAAGGAAAGGACUUUUUCUGCUUUGUGCACUCCUGUAUCCCUUAGACCCUAGAACAGGGUCAAUCAGUAUUUGUGGAAGGGAAGCAGUAUAUCAUAAAACUAAAAGAAUUGAGAAAGUAGAAAGUAGUCACACUUCUGUUUCAGAUACCCAUUCCUAUAGCUAUGCUCUGGGCUUUGUAUCUCUUUGUAAUCGUUCAUCUUCAAAAUCAAAACCUCAUGCAUUGCUCUAAGUCUUUCCAGCUUACUUUCAUCACGCCUGUUCUUCAACAGCAUGUCUAGAUAAAUAGCAUCCAUCACUUUGUUGUCCGUAAAUCAGUCUUUGAUAAUACAGGUUGCUUUUUAUCAGGUAGGCCAAAAGAGAAAAAUGUAAUAACACAGGUUGCAUGGUCUGUCAUGUCAAACAUUCUUACUUACCCUCAUCCUAAAUUCCCUUGUACCAUUGUGUCUUGGGGCUUGCUCCUGGCGUCAUUUAAACUCAGAUACAUCCAACUACCAUUCCAGUAGGAAGGGAGAGCAAAGGAUGAGUGUGGAUGGAGUUAGUUUGUAUGUUUGGAGGAAGUGAUUAUUAGUCUUUUGGCUUCUAAGUACUACUGGAGAAAAUCACAAAUAGUAUGUUGCUAUUAAAAAGUCAUCAUUAAUCUUAACCAUGCUUUCAAUAUUCCUCUGCAAUCCUGCCAUAUUUUGCUACACCUUUUAUUUCAGCCUUUCUUUUCUCUACUCCAUUUGAACUUCUGUCUGAGCACCUUCCCUCUGGGAGAAUACCUUCUGCCUUCAAAUCCAUGGACCUACCUGAUUUAAAACUCAAAUUGGGAAAGUGUCCCUUUUCCUUUCCAAGACCAAAUCCCUUUAUAAAAGCUUUCUCUAUCUUGAGCAUUUACCUGCCUUUCUUCUGGCUCCAUCCCAUUAACAUUUAAAUAUGCUCAUCCUUUCUUCUUAGGAGAAAAAAAAAUUGCUUUUCUUUGUCACCUUAUAUCCAUUGCUUUUUCUUUUUGCUCUGUCUCUUGACCCCACCUCAAACGAAUUUCUGCCCCACCAAAGACAAUAACCCCUUUUAUGUUAAAAUUAGUGGAAAGAAUGUUAAUAUAAUGCCCUCACUUUAAAGAACAUAAAGGAAAUUUAUAAGUACUUCCAGGGCUGUCAUCUAUGCCGUGCCAGUCGUGCACUGCACAAUUCCAAGGGCACCACUUUACGUUACAAAUACAGUUCAUUACAAAUAUAGUGGCCCCAUGUUUCUAAAUGCUUAGAUAAUAGCCCACUAGAAAAAGAAACUGAUAGUUGCUUGCACCUCUACAUAGAAGCACUGUGAAUCCAGCAGCCUCAUUUGUAAACAAGUGUUUUAUUGGUGACUCAAAUAUUAUGAACAGCUUUGCCAAAGUAGCAGCAUUUUCUAAAAUAAUAAAGGAUGACAUUCCUUUGUUUUAUGAUAGUUACACUUCUGGAAAAUUUAGUAUGGACAGUCUCCGACUUAGGAAUUUUCGACUUUAGGAUGGUGUGAAAGCGAUACCCAUUCAGUAGAAACUGUACUUCAGGUUUUGCAUUUUGAUCUUUUCCUGGCCUAGUGAUAAUGUGGUACAGUACACUCUUGUGAUGCUGGGCAGCGGCAGGGAGCCACAGCUCCCAGUCACCCAUGUGAUCACGGGAGUGAACAACCCAUUCUCUACUGUGUACUGUGUUGUCAGCUUUUUUGGAUACUGUGUUUUGUGUUUUCACAUUCCAUCAUGUCUACAAAAUGUCCAUCAGUGUCUCCUGUUUCUGGUGAGAUAAAGAAGAGGAAGGCAAUUACUCUUGAAACGAAACUCAAGAUAAUUGCCCAGCAUGAAGGUGGCAAGCCAGUAAUGGCCAUUGCACGUGAGUUAGGACUUUCGCAAUCCACGAUUUCAACUAUCUUAAAGGAUAAGAAGCGAAUCAGUGAUGCAGCGAAAUCAUUAGCAUCAGUUAAAUCCACUGUCAUCAUAAAGAAAAGGGCUGGACCAAUUGAUGAUAUGGAAAAAUUACUUGUUAUGUGGAUGGAAGACCAGAUACAGAAGUGCAUACCACUCAGCCUACUGAUGAUCCAGGCUAAGGCAAGAAGUCUUUUUAAUAUGCUAAAAGACCGUGCGAAUGAUCCUACAUAUACACAAAUGUUUAAAGCAAGUCAUGGAUGGUUCCAGCGCUUCAAAAGGCGUCAUAAUUUUCACAAUGUAAAGAUCAGUGGUGAGGCAACACGUGCUGGUAAUGAAGGUGCCAUAGCUUUUAAGGAACAGCUGCAUGGGAUAAUUGUGGCUGAAGAUCUUUGCAAUAAGGAGCUGAUUGCACUGGAGGAAGAAAGAAGUAAAGGAGUUGAGGCAGUGGAAGAAGUUAUACCCACGGCACCUAGAAAGUUCACAGCAAAGACACUGGCAGAGGCAUUUGCUGCUAUCAGCAGCGGCCUACAGAUGUUAGAAGAAAUGGACGUCAAUUACGAGAGAUUCGCCACAGUUGACAGUCAGAUACAGGAUGCCCUUGCUUGCUACAGAGAAAUAUAUAAUGAAAAGAAACAAGCUGUACAGUCAAAACUUGGUAUCUUCCUGAAGAACAACACUAUGCUUGCUAAACCAACUAGUGUUGAUGUCCCAAUGCCUUCCACCACCUAUUCUCGAUGUUCAUCAGAAGAGAGAGAAAUUGAGGACCCUAUUGCAUCCCCAUCAUCCAGCAAUUAAUUCAUUUCAGUGCUUCAAACAUUUUUCAGGACCACUGUGCUUUCAGCUGUGUACAUUAAUGAUGCCCUCCAAAUCCUUGGUUAUGGAAUAUUUGGCUCAUCCCAGUGCACUCGGCUUGGCUGUUGGAGUUGCUUGUGGCGUGUGUCUGGGCUGGAGCCUCCGAGUACGCUUUGGGAUGCUCCCCAAAAGCAAGACGAGCAAGACACACACAGAUACUGAAAGUGAAGCAAGCAUCUUGGGAGAGAGUGGGGAGUACAAGAUGAUUCUUGUGGUUCGAAAUGACUUAAAGAUGGGAAAAGGGAAAGUGGCUGCCCAGUGCUCUCAUGCUGCUGUUUCAGCCUACAAGCAGAUUCAAAGAAGAAAUCCUGAAAUGCUCAAGCAAUGGGAAUACUGUGGCCAGCCCAAGGUGGUGGUCAAAGCUCCUGAUGAAGAAACCCUAAUUGCAUUAUUGGCCCAUGCGAAAAUGCUGGGAUUGACUGUAAGUUUAAUUCAAGAUGCUGGACGUACUCAGAUUGCACCAGGCUCUCAAACUGUCCUAGGGAUUGGGCCAGGACCAGCAGACCUAAUUGACAAAGUCACUGGCCACCUAAAACUUUACUAGGUGGACUUUGAUAUGACAGCAACCCCUCCAUCACAAGUGUUUGAAGCCUAUCAGAUUCUAACAAAAGCUGAAUUUCUUCACCCAACUUAAAUGUUCUUAAGAUGAAAAUAAAACCUAUUCCCAUGUUCUAUGGUUGGCAGUUGUCAUCUUGGGCUUAAAAAAAGUACUCUUGGUUAAAUGGUCUUGGUGGUUCAAGUGAGAGGCUGAAACAAAUAUUUAAGAUGAGAGAAACAGGUCAAUACAAUUGGAUUAAAAGGGAGGAAACAGCAUUUCCCUAUACAUGGUUAGGUCCCUUUGUGUGUUGGUAGCCCUUCCCUGAGACUGUGUCCCCCUGGAGGUCAAGGUUCAAGGGUGUUCCCACUAGAGGCAAGCUGCAGUUUGUUCCCCUGCUGUCACUUUUUGGGUGACUGGUAGCCUACUUUAUUAAUAGAUAUGGCCAUCCUCAAUGGAGUCCCAUGGUUUAUAACCUGUUUGAAUUUUUGUCUAAAGGUUGAGGUUUUAUAGCAGAUACAACCUACUGUGCAGUGUUUCAUAUUCACCUUCCCUGACCCAUACUGGCCAAAGGUUAUCAGCAGUGGUUCUAAAUCACAGCCUAUUAAAGGUUCUCACUUUCCCCCUUUCUUGUAACAAUGAAGCCAUUGAAACUUGUGGAGUAACCUUAUCGACCUUACAGAUGGAAAUGGGUGGGCCCAAGUAAGAAUUUAUGGUAACUGUAAAGUGAAUGUAGUUUGUCAUCUCUGCUAGUUUUUUUUUUUUCCUAGAACUUAAAGAACUAGACAGUUAAGUGUGCCUUUUUUACCUUUUAAUCUUUAGAUAUACUUGAUACAAUCCUAAUAAUUACUGUUAUACCAGUUACCUAGAAUAUGAGGCAGAGGGUCCCAACUCCCCAAGCCACAGAGCUUCCUGAUAGUCAUCUUGUUAGAAACUAUUUUUCUUUAAAGCCUUCUUUUAGGAGGAUACUGACAGUAAUUUCUAAAAUCAGUGUAUCCCCAAGAACGGUACUGAUGCCAGGGAGAAUUCUGGUAACAGGCCCAUUUUAAGUGGCAGUACCUGUCUAUGGUUAACUGCAAUAUAAGCAGCAUUAUAGCACAACCUCAAGGUCUAAGGUCAUUGGUGGAAUAUCGUGGGCAGAACACUAAAGACAGUCUUGAAAGUUCUAAUAUUUGAUUCAUUUUAUACACUUCGCACAGGCAUAGGACAGCACAGGAGAAAAAUUGCAACUGUGAAUGAUGCCACAAUAGCAACUAUUUUUAAACAGAAUGUUUACUGGCUCCAGAAGUGAUGCAACAAAAUGCAACGUUAGGACUGAGUUGAACUCAGUGCUUAAGUGCAUGAUUCUGGCUCAGGUAAUUUCUGAGGUUUGCCUCAGACUGAUGGCUCCAAAUUCAAAGAUAGUGGCAUUCCCAACAGGAUGGCAUGGGGUGGCUAAGUACUGAUCAGUCAUGGCAUAUCUACCAAAAGGAAUAUUAUGAAAAUUCUGGUAAUUGUGGAUAUAUGCUUGUUUUCUAAUUCAUCUGUACUUAGUAUUUUAUAGAACUCAUAAUCUUAUAGUCCUCAAAGUAUACUCUGCAGAACCCAUGGGGUCUCCACAGAGUCAAAAAUCUUUUCGUAAUACUAUUAUUUUUUUUUCCUCUGUGUUACUUGCACUGAUGGUACAAAAGCAGUGGUGGGGAAAACUGAUGGCACCUCCCACAUAUCAAAGCAGGGGCACCAUUGUAUUCUUCACUGACCUGCACUCACAUUAAACACUUUCACUUCAUGUCCUGGAUGAAACUAAAUAGGUUUUUUGGUUUUUUGAGACAAGAGUCUCGUUCUGUCAUCCAGGCUGGAGUGCAAUGAUGUGAUCCCGGCUCACUACAACCUUUGCCUCCCAGGUUCAAGUGAUUCUCAUGCCUCAGCCUCCUGCCUUCUGAGUAGUAGCUGGGAUCUUACAGGCGUGUACCUUCACACCUGGAUGAUUUUUUAUUUUUAGUAGAGCACGCCUGGCUGAUAUUUUAUUUUUAGUAGAGAUGGAGCUUCACCAUGUUGGUCAGGCUUGUCUCGAACUCCUGGCCUCAAGCAGUCUGCCUGCCUCAACCUCCCAAAGUGCUGGGAUUACAGGCAUGAGCCACCACAGCUGGUGGGACAGGGAUUUUAAGUUUUAAAAAACUCCUCUGUGGAGCUUAUGGUAGGUAAUUUGCCUAAGAGUUGUAAAGCAGUGCAACACUAGGCGAGGGGCUAUGUGUAGCUAUUGAGGAUUAAGGGAUAGUGAAAUGAACUUUAGGAACAUUCUCAGCCAUAAGCAAGAGCUAGAUUGACACAACCAAUUUUUCAAAAAAAAUCAACUUAAGAUACCCAUAAUUUGGGCACCUUUAUAAUUCAUGAUGAGAAAGAGCAUGUUAACUACAUGUUUAAAUAUAUUUUAUUCAAGUUAAUAUAACAGCAAUGAUUUGUUCAUUUAAGUGAAAUGCCUAGAUAAAAACCUCAAGUGUCACUUGGCUAAAAUGUUGGAGACAGUAAAUGUAAGCCACUA